GCCACCGUAGUACUUGUAGCACUGACUUAUUUUAGCUUUCUGUUUCUUUUACUGACUGCACAUGUUUUGAAACCGCUUCGUAUCAACCGUUUUUGUUCUAUAAAUAAUUCCAGUUGACGUUUCCGGGGUCGGAUCGAGCAGGCAGAGCCCUCGUAGCGGCUGAGACGCGUGUUUGUGCGGAGCAGAGAGAGCCAGCGUGGCGUCUUUAUUCCCCUCGUUAAUAAGCAGCUAAUCAGGAUGUCGUACAGGAAAACUUUUAGAGUUAUUUUCGGCCUGGCGGGAGGCUCUGCCGCCCUGGUGCUGGCGGCCACGGCUGCAGCAGAGUCCCGCCGGCCCCCGGAGCCCCGGAGCGGCUGGCCGGUGCCGGCGGUGCCCGCGGUGAGAGCCGCCAAGCCCGCAUGGACGCCCGCCAGCAGCACGCCGGCGCCCACCGGACACGACUGGGACUUCAACUGGGACAAGAGAGACCCGUCUGUGCUGACCAACGGGAAGAAGAAGGAGAGCGUGAGUGAAGACCCGAGCUCGGAGCAGGACAACAGCAAACCCAAGGCCACGCGCAACAUCCUGCUCAUCAGACACUCCCAGUACAACCUGAGCGGGAACAGCGAUAAAGAGAGGAUCCUCACGCCUUUAGGUCGUGAGCAGGCCGAGUUGACGGGUAACAGAUUAUCAGCGCUGGGGCUGAAAUACGAUGUUCUGAUCCACUCCAGCAUGGCCAGGGCCACGGAGACGGCCAACAUCAUCAGCAAGCACCUCCCAGGAGUGGAGCUGCUGAGCUGUGACCUGCUGAGAGAAGGUGCUCCUAUUGAACCGGUUCCACCCGUCACCCACUGGAAACCCGACGCCGUGCAGUACCAUGAAGAUGGAGCUCGCAUUGAGGCAGCCUUCCGCCGCUACAUCCACCGCGCUGACCCCAAGCAGAAGGAGGACAGCUAUGAGAUCAUCGUGUGUCAUGCCAAUGUCAUCCGUUAUUUUGUCUGCAGGGCUCUGCAGUUCCCGCCGGAGGGCUGGCUGCGUAUGGGCUUGAAUAACGGCAGCAUCACGUGGCUGACGAUCCGGCCGAGCGGCCGCGUGGCCCUCAGGACUCUGGGAGACACGGGAUUCAUGCCCCCGGACAAACUAACGCGGACUUGACGGCUGGAAAAACAGCAGCUUUCUGGAACAGGGUUGAGCUCACUUUCCCUCAAGUGUCUUGAAAACUAAUCUUGGUGUUUUGGUUUAUUUGUUUUUUUCUUUUUUCUUUUUGUAACGGAUCUACCAUCAAUCUUGUCAGACUAUGUGGUGUUGUUGUGAUUUACUUCCGUGCCAUAAAACGCCAACAGAAGUGAUUUUUGCAGCUGCAUAGAAACUCUCUUGAAUGUAAUUUAAGAUUUUUACACAGGGGGACUGGAUUUUUUUAAAAACCAAAACCAAAAAGGUCUAUUUGUAUAGCUGUUCUACAUGAAGUUAAAGCUAAUAACGUUUUACGUGAGUGAGGUUCAUGUGUUGUAUAGUGGAGGUGUGGUGAAUAAAGUUAUGAUGAACGUGAA